AAGACAGCAGUUGGACUACUCGGUGUUCUUUUGGCUCUCUUGUUUUAUACACUGUUUUACUUUUAGGUUACUGUAUUAGAUUUUACUAUAAUUGCUAUGGCUGCCAAAGUAAAGUAUCCUGAAACGUCCAAAGCGUUAGAAAAACUUGAAAAUCUUUUAAAGUGUAAUCGUUGUUUAACGUUCAUGAAAGUGCCAAUAACAUUAUGGAAUUGCGACCACGUGUUUUGUAAGAAAUGUUUGGACGACGAAAGCUGUUGCCCUGUAUGUAAAACGCCGUGUUGGGCGUCCGAUCAGCAAAUAAAUAAUUCUUUAAGUGUAAUAUCUUCAAUCUGCGCUCAAUUGCGGUCGCAUUUAACCGACACAAACCAAACCCCACGCAUCAAAAGUGGGUCUAUAACAAAUAAGGUGGAAGCAAAUUUGAAAGCUAACUGUAAUGAUGAAGAAAAUUGUAAAAAUACUUUACCAAGCAAAAGGACUCCAGUUCGUAGAUCAAUUACCGCAAGUGCUACGAAACAGUGGGCGUUAAAAUCUGUAGAAAAGAAGACACCGAAUCCAAAAAGAUGCAAAACAGAGCUGCCGCCUAUGCCAAGGAGUAUGGUGAAGAAUAAAAAGGGUGAAACAAAGCUUCAUUUGGCUGCCAUUCAAAGAGAUUUGGCAGCACUUAGAUUGUUGUUGGGGGAAGAAGGCACAGAUGUAAAUGCUAAAGAUAAUGCUGGUUGGACGUCAUUACAUGAGGCGUGCAACAGGGGGUAUUCUGAUAUAGCAGAAGCAUUGAUUAAUUCAGGAGCUUUUGUGGAUAUCCCAGGUUACGAGAAUGAAACGCCAUUGAUGGACGCUGUAGCAAAUAACCGAGUUGAAACAGUUAAGUUGUUGGUACAAAAAGGCGCGAAUGUUAAUUUAAGAAGUUUACAAGGAAAAACAGCGAUUACUUUGGCAAGAAAUGAUGAAAUUAAGCAACUGCUUCUGUCUGUUCAGUCUGAAACGCUAGAAAAUUACGCUCCGAUUUCUAUCUCACAAAACUGCAAUUUUCCAAUGGUUAUAUCUGGCUCUAGUUCUGUUUCUGCUGAUGUUUUAAGCAAAGCAGUGGCUUGUUUAAAUGCCAAUCUAUCUGGCGAAGACACUUCGAAAAUUUCUCAUUUGAUUGUAAAAUGUGACCAAAAUAACCGGACAAAUCGGACAUUGAAAUAUUUGCAGGCUGUAGCAACGGGGGCUUGGGUGUUAAGUGAUGCAUGGCUUAAUGUGUGUAUUAGAGAAAAUGGGUAUGUAAGUGAAAAUGGUUAUACAGUAGAUGGUUGUAGUGAGGACUUUGUUUUACACGGCCCGUCACGCUCAAACGUCGGAAAACGAAAGUGUCUUCCACGACUUUUUGACGGUUGCCAUUUUUAUCUAUCGGGGAAGUUUACACCUCCUAGUCUAAAAAAAGAGGAAAUCACGGAACUUAUAACUCUCGCUGGCGGAGAGAUUUUAUCACGGGAGCCGAAACCUGACAGCGACUGUGUCCAAGCAUGUACAAAAAUAUCCUACCAUGCGAGACCUACUUGUACCCACUAUCUUCAUACUUAUUAUAUUGUAUUUGAUUCCAAGAACAAAUCCCAACGAAUGGUGGUACAAGGAAAAGUUGCCACAGUGACCGAAACCUGGAUUCUGUAUUGUAUUUCACAGUUUUCUAUUUUAAGUUCAUAAAUUCUAUUAUUCUAAACUUCACUUCAAGUUGCUCUACACAACUAAAAACUGCCCUUUUAAAAGUUUUAAAAUGUGCUGGGUGACAUUAUAAAAUUGUAAAAUAAAUUGAGCAGCAUAUACAUACAUACCCUUAUUUCAAUAAUUUUCAAACUUGACUCUAGGAUUGCUCUAAACCAACCUUUUAAGUUUUAACCUAACAUAUCUAUAUAUAAAAUUAGCACUUUUUUUAAACCCAUACAGCUUUAAACAAAAAAACAAAAACUGCCUUUUUAAAGGUUUUAAAAUGAAUGCUGGGACGCCAUUAUGAAAUUGUAAAAUACAUUGAAUAGAUCUGUUUCUGGGUGGGGAAGAUGGGACAACUUUUCAUUCUAUUUUCUCAUCCCAUUUGGUAGUAAACAAAGAACAUCUUUUGUCUCGUAUCAACUGUUGUUAGUUGUUUAAAACACGAUCAAGAUAUUUGGAUAUUAUGUGCUAAAUGUGUCCAGUCUUCCCCCACCCCACUAUAUAGAUAAUUAGAUAUUAUAUUUUUUAAUCAUUCCCUUGUGUUUGUUAUAUAUUUGUCAAAUUUUUACUGACUUUGUAUUUUGUACAGUUGUAUUAAUCUUCAAUCAUUUACUAUAUAGCCUACAAGUACAGCCUACUUUAAUAAGCCUAACAAAAGUUUUUGUAACCUUAUGAAUCAUGGCGCCGGUAUUUUGAUUUCCAUACCGUACAAUUGUUACUAAAGCUACAUUCAGUAACCUGACCCUACUUUUGUGAAAAUGAGAUUCUGUUACAUUCUGCCACCUACAGCUGCUCUUAUUCUAAAUAUGUCAUUUACAUUCUCUCUUAUUCUUCUGUCUGCUUUUCUUAUGGUAUAAUUUGAAUUUCAUUCACUAUAUUUUGAAAUUUAUCCCUUUUCUAAAGGAGAUAGUUAAUUUUAUUUAGUUUAGGCUUAAAAAUUUGGUAGUGAAUAAAAUUAGAGUAAUUCCUAAAUAAUAUAUAGUAUGUAGUAGUACCUUGAAUUUCAUUCACGAAUCGUUGAAAUUAAUCCUUUUUCUAAAAAGCACAAAGAGUUGUUUAAGUUUAAGCUUUAGUAAUCAGAAUAGUGGGAAAAAUUAUUUAUAUAUUAGUUAUAUAAUUCAUAAAACAAAUACUUUGAACUUUAUUCACUAAUCGUUGAAAUUAUUCCCUUUUUUUCCAAG